UCCGCUCUAGUCUCUUUCUUGAAUAUCAGAAUCAGAAGUCUCCGAAUUUUCACACACUCUUCACCCUCAGAAAAACACACAAUGCACGCCAAGACGGAUUCGGAAGUGACGAGUCUGGCGCCGUCGUCGCCGGACAACCGGCCGCCGGUGUACUACGUGCAGAGUCCGUCGCGCGACUCGCACGAUGGGGAGAAGACGACGACGUCGUUCCACUCUACGCCGGUGCUGGGGAGCCCCAUGGGGUCGCCGCCGCGAUCGCACUCCUCUGUCGGCCACCACUCCAGGGAGUCGUCCACCAGCCGCUUCUCCGGAUCGCUCAAGCCCGGAUCGAGGAAGGUAUCGCCCAACGACGUCGGAUCUGGGGGCAGGGGGCCUCGCAAGGGCGGACAGGGGAAUUGGAAGGACUUUGAUGUGAUUGAAGAAGAAGGAUUGCUGGAAGAUGAGGAGUCGCAGAAAGGUCUGCCGCGUAGAUGCUAUUUCCUUGCUUUUGUUGUCGGAUUUUUUGUGCUGUUUUCGUUUUUCGCCUUGAUUUUGUGGGGAGCUAGCAAACCGCAGAAGCCUAAGAUCACGAUGAAGAGCAUUACAUUUGAGAGAUUCAUGGUUCAAGCUGGUUCGGAUUCAACGGGUGUAUCGACAGACAUGAUCUCUGUUAACUCGACACUGAAGCUCACCUACCGUAACACAGGCACAUUUUUUGGAGUUCACGUUACCUCAACUCCGGUCGCUCUCACCUACUCGCAGCUCACCAUUGGCUCUGGCACCGUGAAGAAGUUCUAUCAGUCACGGAAGAGCCAGAGGCACAUGGUUGUGACCGUAUUAGGCGACAAGAUCCCGUUGUAUGGUAGUGGAGCUAGUUUGAGCACCUCGACUGGGAUCACCACGCUCCCUGUGCCGCUCAAACUGGAGUUCACAGUUCGGUCGAGGGCUUCUGUUCUGGGCAAACUGGUGAGGCCGAAAUUCUACAAGAAGAUCGAAUGCCCCAUCAUUUACGACGUCAAGAAGCUCAAUGUGCCCCUCUCCCUCAAGAAUUGCACUUACAGUUAAGGGGAGGGGAGGGGAGAUCAUCAUAUUUUUCAGCUAUUAAUACAUGGGCUUAGUUAAUUAAAUAAGAACGCUAUCAAUUAUUCACGUGUCUGUUUAUAUAUUACAGAGGCCAUUGUAUGGCUUAUUAAUUUAAUUUAUUUUUGGUACA